CGAGGCCGAGAGCGCGCAGGUCGCCGCGCGGCAGAGGGAGCGGGCGGCCGCACGACAGGCCCGGCUCGCGGCGCGGGAGGCGGCGAGGGCCCAGCGCGGUGAUGGUGGGGUGGAUGACGACGACGACGACGAAGAGGACAUGGAAGAGGAGGAGGGAGCGGGGGACGGGGAGGAGGAGGAUGUGGACAUGCAGGACGAGAUCACGGGCCCGCUGCUCAUGCUUGAGGAGGCUAAGCACCGCCUCGCCAGCGAGUACGCGGCCAAGAGCAUGUAUGCGCGAUACGGCGUGCACAACGAGUACAUUGCCUUCAAGAAACUCUGGCACGACGCGGUGCACGGCGCCGAGGGCAAGCCGCUGCCUGAUGCGUCGCGGUGGUUCGCCGAGGACGGGCGUGGACAAAACCGACAACAGGAGCAUGAUGGUCACGAACAUGGAAACGACGACGCCGGCGAUGACGACGACGACGACGACGACCUGGUUAUCGACCAGGAGCACGUCAGCCUGCACUGCCCGCUGACCCUGCAGAUCAUGAAGGAGCCGUACACGAGCCACAAGUGCCGGCACACGUUCGACAAGACCUCCAUUCAACAGUUCCUGGGUAAAACCAGCAAGCAAUGUCCUCAGACGGGCUGUUCUGAGAUGGUGGCUUUCAAGGACUUCUACUUUGACCAGAUCAUGCUCCGGCGCAUCAAGCGCGCCGAGGCGGCGAGCAACAACGACACGAUGAUGGACGACGACGACGACGACGAGGCCGGCUAUGACGAGGAGCCGACGAUGGCGAGCGUCAAGAUGACCCAGGAGAGAGCUGUCAAGACUGAGCGCGGUGCUGCUGGCUCAUCGAGGCGGGGGAGAAGAGGUGAGGAUGUUGAGGAUGAGGACGAGUAAUGUGGCCGUCACGGCAUGCUUUGUAUGUACAAGAUUGCCAUUGAAGACACCUGAGCGACGACACUUGCGUGAGAAAACAGAGCUCGAGAAAAACAUGGCAU